AUGGUCCAUCAGCCAAUCAAAUUCAAGGACGCUCCUCUGAAAGCGAUGCAUGUUAAAAUUGUCAAGAGCAAGAAACAAGCCAAGAAGGUGGAGGAUGCAAAACCGAAAGUUGAGGUCAAGAAGACGGCGAAAAAAGUCAGCAGUGAUAAAGUAGUGAAGAAGGCCAAAAAAAUUGAUAAAGUAGUGAAGCAAGACAAGCCAAAGAUUAAAACCACGAAACCGAAGAAGCUAAAAAAUUAAAAUCAAUAUUCAUAACAAUUUACGAUUGAAAAAUGAGGACUUUUGCUUCAUUUCGCUUAUGUGAACGUUAUUUCAUCAGAAUGUAUAAUGUAGAAAUACUAAAUAAUUAUUAAACUUCAGAGUAGUUUUUUUCCCUGGACUUUACUUAUCAGCUCACGUGCAGGUGAAGUAGGUCAGUAGCUUUUAACAGUGUUUACUCACAAGGAAGAUCAACGCUUUCAGAUUGGUAUUAUGUCGACUUCCCUCGCAUGAUCAGUUUAUUGUAUUUUAAAUAAAUACAUUUACUUUUGAAAUUAUGUACUACCUUAAAAGUCUUUAAUUUGCGCAAUAAAUCUUUUUCUGUAAUGAAGUAUGACUAUCUGAUUCUUCCCUGCGACUCGAAUCCUCAUUCUGAGUUAAAUGUCGCCACCUGCAUUUCUUAUCUUUUUUCUUUUCCUUUUUAUUAAUCUGAGAUCUGAAGUUCUGAACUAACUCGAAGACUAGUGGGAGUCCCCUAGAUUCUGAAUUUCAGUCCGCCACUUAUUAAUACCGAAAUAUGACUUAUUUUAAUAAUUUUUCAAAAGAAAUGAAUCCACUGAGAUUAAAGGGGGUAAGUUUCUGAAAAACUGUAUUUCUGCAUUCAGACCGAAUCGAGGAAUUUGGAUUGUGUGUGGUUUAUGUACUAAAGGAUAGAGCUACGCUUUUGGUGGGAGCAUGGUAAAAAUAAAGCACAAGAAAAAAAAAACACAAAACACAAGAAUAAGCGUUUGUUGAUACUGUGGGGAUUGAGAUGAGCCUCGCUCCUAUCACGAGGCUUCGUAGCUCAGUUCCAGGUCUCAGUCUUUAUCUAAAGGGACACUGGUUUGAACUCGUCAAAAUCUGAAUGCUUUCUAGGGCUUUAUUUUCUUUAUAUGGCUCUAACUGCUGCUCAACUGCAAGAUUCGACACAUACCUUUGGAGCCGCUUGUUGACAGGACUACCUUCCGUCUCAAACCAUAUUCGUAAAGUGUUUUUGAAGCAGUUCUAUUAAAGGUGUUUUGGGUACAGCCAGAACGGGUAUUGAAGUUCACCGUUCCCAUCAUUAACCGUACCUUAUGAAGUUGGGCUGUUCCAAAUUCGAAUUUAUCAGUUUGGUUUCCAAACCGAAUCGUAUCCUUAGCCGGUUAAAAGAAAUUAAAUUAAUUGUCAAAAGAUACCCCCAGCAUUACACACGCGCUGUUUUGUUUGGUACGAUCACUGUGAACAUUUAUCUUCCAACAUCGCAAUCUGCAAAAUUCAGAUUAACUAUGUUCCUCUGAACAAAACGGGUGCGACCAUUAACUCGUACUCAGCUCCUGGAGGAUCAAUGUUCCUCUCGGACAGACAAGCACGUGACUCGCUGAGAAUUAUGGGAUCAUAUUUUUUCUCAAUUGAAAGAGCUGCCAAAUUAUUGUUUUAAAUUUUAUCAUAUUUUUGAAAUUCAAAACAACCUUUCCGAGGGACCGUUCGUGUUUUCCUUUAUGUCUCCUUCAUAACCAUAAAAUUAUCAGGUAAGAGUAUGUUCAUGAAAAGCUUGUUUAUCGAGUAAAUUGUUUGAUUGUCUAGAUAUACGAACUGAGCUCCAGGAACAUUGACAGAAAAAUCAAUUAAUUGGACACAACUUUUCUCUGUUGAACAAGUUAUUACUAUUUAAUCGAUCCAUUUCUCUCACGCUUAUGAAGUUGACUUAUUUCUGACUGCAUAUCUUGAGACUGAGAAAUGAAAAAUUCUUACCAUUAUCGCCGUCAUUAGACGCAAUUUAUAUCAAUUUACGCUGUUAUUUGCUCAGCAGAUUACUAUUACUGUUAGAUAAUGAGUUGUGCUUCUCUAGUGUAUAUAACAAAUACCUUUUACAUUAUCUCUGUUCGUUCCAUAGAACCAUGUUCAAGCUGAUGUAAAAAUCUAUUUUUUUUACAGCAUUUUAGAAUAAUCACGACAAAUUGCAUGCAUAUAGGAGUUCAUCUUAUUAACAGACUCGAUCUUAACAACCGGUCUAUAACCUGCUCUCCUUUGUCAGAUAAAGAAAACGAUGAAGUUGACGGCGACAAGAUAUGGCGUAAAGGCACUGUUCAUAUUAUUCUUUUGUGCUGUACAGCAUGGACUCUUGGAGGCUAAAGGUAAAUACGAGAUUUAUCCACUGAAACAGCCUGGUUUGAUAUACUCCUAAUUCAAUUAAUCGAUCUAUUGACUUAUUGUUUUCAUUCUGGCCGUGAUCUUUACCAGCUUUGAAUAAUGGCAUAUGAAAGAUAAUUCAAAUGACAAAUAAACAGGGAUAAAUGCUGGUUGAAAGCUUCAAUGCCAACAAGAUUGAAACGCAAAGCUUCAGUGAACCGAAAGGUUUCACAAAUGAUUUCGCCACUAAGUACUAUGAUUUUAUUGUUCUCCUGACGAAAUAGUGGUGCUCCGAUCACUGUGAAUUAUUUAUGAUGAACAGUUUGGCCAUUUUCAGCUGGAACAACACCAGCUGAAGUUUACAUACAAGUAAUGCGGCGACACCUGUCUCAAGUGAGAUUUUAAAAAAACAUAAAACCGUAGGUUUAAAUGUAGGAAUUCAUCUUAGGUCGAGGAAUACCCUAUUACUUUUAGGGUUUUUUAAGAUGCGCUUAAACUGGAUGGCUGAACAAUACUUGAAAUUGAAAAACUUUGAAGAUUAAAUUAACGUAGCUUUACAGGUCAAUCUGUCAGUGACAAACACUGCAUAACCAGCUCAGCCUGGAAGAUUUGGAAAACGCAGAAGCAAAGUUGCCUUACAGUUGACUCAAACAGGCGAAUAUGGAUGUUUGGAAAUCGCUGAAAUACUUCUGUCUUUAUCAAAAUGAAAGCAAUCAGUGCAGUUCAUCUUAAUUUCGCUACCAUCAGUUCUGUAGUCCGCAGUCAGAUUAUUCACUUUCCAGAUUUUUCGCUUUGCAAUAUUUAAUUGUUCUGUUCGGUACAUGGCUUUUAAGAGGAAAAUGGAAUUUCCGUGGCAAUUUCCCAGUAAAAGGUAAACUUUCAUCGCAACCACCGACUCUUCCCCAGAAGAUGAUAAAGAUUGAUGGUUCCCAAAAUAUCGAUUAAUUCCUAGGAGAACAAAGAGGGCGAAAAAAUACCCUGAUAAAGAGGGCACUUUAUAGGUUUAUUUUUCUGUGACGGAAAAUUCACAAAAACAAGCAAUAUAAUAAUUGAUAAUCUUCAAAGCUAGAUCAAUAUUCUAGGAAGGAUUGUCGGCCUUCCUUAUUACUUUUUUAUGGUUGGUUUUACAAAAACCAACACAGGCACUUGUAAGUUUAUUAUGAGAAAAUCAGCGUUUGAAGAGAACACCCGCAUUGCCAAUGAGAUCACAAGCUGUUAGGGAAUUUCAUCUCCAAAAAAAACAUUCAAUGCUGGGACUCUUAUUAUGGCUGAUUGUUUUUGGUACUGAGACACAAGAGGAAUUGUUUGUUUACUUAUACACAACUGUGCCGUGGUUUAUUAGCAUGACUUUGUCCUCAAAGCACCGAUGUUUAUCGGUGAUUGGGUAAUCUAUGACGGGGAGACAAUCAAGGAUUUUGAUUUAGUUUAACAUGGAGAGAAUUAGCUAAAAGAGGCGUACAAGGAAAUUCCUUAAAAUUUUAUCCUCUUUUCCAUCAUGGAGUUUCAAUGUCCGUGCCUCUCUAACAGCAAAAAAAUAUAAUGGGACUACACAGACAUAAAAUGCCGCAUAUACCUCGCAUCUUAAACAGCCUAUGCAACAGCUUUUCGCCAACAAGGAAACACAACAUUUAUGGAAGAAAGAGACUGCGAAAAGAUGAUGAACAUCUUCAUAUUCGACAAAGAAAGAUGUUAGGUUUUUGGACAUCAUGAUUUCAGGAAAUCUGUGCGCUAUAUAAGAUUUUACAUCUCUUGGACCUUAAAAGCUAUUAGUGGAGCCUUUGCAUUGCAGGUUACACAACUUCUCGGAAAAGUAGCGGGGCACUUGCUGAUAAAAUACCUCCGGCCACGGAAGCUAGUGGAGCGUCAGGCCCUCUCUUUAAUGCGCUACAUUAUUCACUCUCUCUUGCUUAUUUCAGUGUAUUUAUUGAGUCGUUCCUUUUACGUUUUUCCUUGAACAGCCAUCAAGAAAUCAAAACAUGCCGUUCACCAAAGUGGAAGCAAGAAAUACAAUGGUAAAUCGUACACAUAAGAUUAUUUACCUUGCCGAUCAGUUACCUUCAGAUCUGGUUCCAAUUUCACCAUUAAAUGCAGAUAAUAAAUGAAAUCUCUAUUUAAUUUCUUUCAGCCCCAAAGGGUGAAUUUUGUGUCAACCAUUCCUACUGCUCCAAAUACAGUGAUCUUGAUUGCGCUUCAGAAUGGGUUCAGCUGAACUGCCCCAGAAUGUGCAGACUCUGUGAAUAUGAAGGUAUAGCACUCUGUUUUAUCACAGCAGAAGGGUCACCUAGUUGUCUUUGUCCAUCGAUUAGUGCUAGUAUCGCACAAAAUGAUUCUACUUAGGCUAGAAAACUCUGAUGGGCCUAUUUGCCGUUCAGUCGUCUAGUUAACGGUAUAUUUCCCCCAAAAUGACGGUAGCAGUUGCGUUCCACACCAAUGGAUUUAUUCCUGGUAAAUUUAAAUGCAUUACAGGCAACCUUGUUGUUUUUUUCUAGAAUUAAUAAGGAUGUGCCAAAGCUGGUUGUUUAAAACUUGAUUGUAUAAUGAAAAUAUUUAUUAUUCCGACGCCAUUACAGGACCUGAAUUAAUGAAGCUUCCUGCCGUCUUGUAUUACAAGAAAGGAAACAAAAAGCAUGGAAUAAGUGGAUCGAAACACAAGAAUAAACACUCUGCCAAACACAUAGACAAACGAGAUGAUGGCGAUAGACGCGAUGUCGUUUUCCUUAGACAUCCAAAUGACUAUUCACCAACCAAACAGCCCGACGUUGUCCCGACAACCAGCUACAAGCUUUUUGACUACCAGAGCAACUACAGGAAAUGGUUAUUCCUUUACCCGGACGAGCAUCCUGUUCAUAUGCAGUACGUUGACGAGGGAAAAGCUGCCGACCCUUAUCAGCAAAACGCGGCUCAGCAGACAGCUCCUGGCGCCCAGGAUGCCGCUCCUGCUGGACAGGCUGCUGCUCCAGCUUCCGCUGUUGCUACCCCUGCCGUUGGUGCUGCGCCUGUGGCUGCUCCUGCUGCCGGCAUCUCCCCUGCAGUUGCCUCUACCACCGCUUCUGCAGCUGCGCCCGCAGCUGUUCCUGCUGCUGGUACAUCUGCAGCUGCUCCGACCGCAGGUGCAACACCAGGUGUUGCUCCUGUAGCGGCUCAAACACCUGCUCCCGCAGUUGCCUCCGCUGUGCCUAAUGCUGGUGCACCUGCAGCACCUAACCCAGCAGUUCCCCAAGUAGGACAGGCUGCUGCGGCUGUUCAGCAGCCUGCUGCACCAAUUGCAGCUCAGCAACCUGUCGCCGCGCAACAGCCAGCUGCAAAUGAAACCAUCCAAGUAAUCAAUCAAACAGUUUCACUUGCGUCUAACACAACAGGCUUUGUACCAUCUGUGGCAAACGUGAGCCAACCAAACCAGACCAUCAUGGCUGGAGCAUUUACUGCGGGAAAUACGACCUCGAACGAGACCAUUGCUACAGGUAACGCUCACUUAGUACAAGAGAAUAUUAAUUGAUAUUCUCUUGCUUAGUUUUGGGGUAAAUCAAGUUCAGCACAGCUGUUGCAUUUCCUAAUGACAUGGAUAAGUUUGAUAUUCUAUUGAUUUAGUCAUUAUAAUACAAUUUUUUUUCAAAUGUACACACCUAAAUACUGUUUUUGCCUACUACAUAGGAAGCUCACAUAUUACAUAUUUAAUUCUCUCUUUCAUGAUACAUUUUUAUGUUUCUCAACCACAAAUGAAAUUUUUUACCAUUUUUGUCUGCUCUGUUGGUUAGGCUGUUUCUUUUUUUGGUCCCAAGUAGUAUUUCUUCUUUUAGACCACAAGACGAGUUUUACUGCCUUGGGGAUCAAUCUCUGAUAUCAGUAGUUUAUCGUUGUGUUGUUCUCAUUAUCGUUUUGCUCAAUGUUGCAAUGCUAACUGGAGACGCUAAUUUUUCUUGCACAAGGUAACAUCACCUCAUUAAAUCAGUCUCAACCAUGGAUAGAGCCACUUUCACAGAAUUCAACACUGUCACAAAACACGUCAUUGUCAGAGAAUUCUUCAUUAUCAAAAAAUUUGACGCAAUCAUCAGCACUCGCACAAAAUCAAACUAGUCCACAAUUACAAAAUACAUCAUCACCAAACGCAUUGGCCAUAUCAGCGCUUCUGAAAGACAAAGCAUCCACAGAGGAAACACUUGAAUCGCCGAAUGCUUCACCACUGUCACCAUUCCACUUAUCAGAAGAAGAGGUAACUUCACAACACAAACUUCAUCUUGUCAACUCGGAUAAGUCGAGUAAAAUGCAAGGAAAUUUUAGCCCUAAUGCUGCAAGUGUUACUUUGUCUGGUCCAGGUACUUUAGAUCUGACGUCUACUGGACAGUCCUUUACUCAGGAUGUCACUGUAGACCCACAACAGGCGGAUUCUGAGAAUGCCGCUGAUUACCCGUGGACGUGUUGCAAGAAACAGCCGAGACCAGAAGGUUGCAAGAAGUGCCCUGAUAUGCCAAAGGCUCCACCAUGUAAGUGGUCCCAUGUUCAUCUUCUUGCGUAUAUUCGAAUGAUUAAGGCCUCCGUACGCUGGAAAAUGGAAAUAUAUAAUUUGAGUUGCAAAAUACUCCUCUGUUCUCUAAGUGUUGAGGAAAACACAGCAAUAAUCAGUAGAUGAAACCUGCAAUUUCUGGACCACAGCAAAAAGUGAGGCUUCGCAUUAAGAAAAUUUUCUGUACUCACAGGAAAUACCCUAAUCUGCAUUAUGGGUAAAAGUGUUACUCUUUCUCAUUUGUUAUGCCCCUAUUAUCAAAUUUGAAAAUCGAACCACUGGUUUCUCUCCAUGAGAAAAGAACUCAGCCUCCCAUUUCAGAUUGCAUGUAUUAGAUAUUUUAUUUAUCUUAUUUCAGUGACCCACAUAUUCGGCGUUUAUUGCAAUGACUUGUACAAAGACUGUGCCUAUGGAUACUCAAACUGCAACGACACCUGGUGGCAGAUCAAUUGUCCCAAGAGAUGCAACCUUUGCAAAAGUAAGCAAGUCGUCAAGAUGUUUGGUUGAUCACGAGCUCAACAUUUUUUCCUUUAACAAAUCAACGUUCAUUUACUCACAGUCUUACAUUUUGCUAAUUUCGAACAUGGGUUUCCUUUCCUGCAGCCGAGGAUGCGCAGAGCCGCACUGAAGCCACUCAGACCAAAGAGAUUUAUCCAUCUGAGGUGAACGAUCUUAAGGAGAACGCCACCCUGGAGUCGGAUCUGGUUGCACCAGCCCCCGGAGUCAAGCCCCUUGUGGCCAAAUACACUCUCAGAGUGAAGCCUAAGCUACUUAACGGCGUGCCACAGACACAAGAGAUCCGCAUCAUGCCUCCAAACAAGGCUGGGGUCGAAGGAUACGUAAAACCACUUAUGGUGCUGAAGCAAAAUAUAACUAAGCCUAUGAUUGAGAAUAUUGAGAUCGACAUCCCACCAAAGGGUGCCAAAUUUAGUUCCAAGCCAAGUGUGGAGGUCAUUGAAGGAGAUCAUACAGAGAUGUUACAAGUGAGCAAGGGACAGGCCAUAGUAGAGGAUCCCGUGCAGAAGUCUCAGACGGAGCCUGAAGGUAGGAUGGAGGGUGUAGAUCUGCUGUAAUGAUCUUUUACAAUGGAAAGGGAGGAGUUCUUGUAGGUAGAGAGGUCUAAAGCAUGUAUUUUUUAAAAGCUUCUAUCUCUCUUAUAGAUCAGCCAUAGAUCGCAAUUUUACCCCUACGUUUGUUUUGAGUUGAUUGCUGAUGUGAAGAAAAGAAUCAAUUUAGUGGCAACAAAUGUUGUUUUUACUGAUGUACUUUUGAUGUAAGUUCCUGAGUUGCAUCGUUUUUUGUUUAAAUAUGAAAUUUAAAGGGUCAAAGCCCGAAAAAGAGGCAACUGAUGCAACUGCAAGCAACCAGACUGAAUCCUCCCCAGUAACACAAGAAGCUUCAAACAACGCCACCCAAGAUCAAACAAACUCAGAGAGCCAGUCUCCAUUAGAAAACCAAGCUGCAACAUCGGCUGACCAGGCAGACCAAGUCCAAGCCGCCACAACAGCCCAAGCCACCGCUGCAGCUCCUGAAGCUGCUACUGCUACCACAUCAACCCAAACCGAUGCCACCAGCGCUGCAACUACUCUGCCCGAUACAUCAGCUGCUCAAGCUGCUGCCUAUACCAGCAGUAAGUUACUUAGUCUGUAUCAAUAUUAUUGUUGAAUUGUUACGAAUUGUUACGAAUUGUUACGAAUUGUUACGAAUUGUUACGAAUUGCGCAUAAUUUUGCUUAAUUGUGUGUUUUUCACAGCCCAAACUUGUACUGAUGAUGGCAGAUGUGCACCAUACACCGCUGAUCGUUGUGCAGAUCCGUGGCUGAGAGAAAACUGCAAGAGCUUGUGCAAACUAUGUUAAAUACUUAAAAGGUAUGCAUUUUGGUUUACUUUUGAAUGAAAGCGGGGAGAGAUGAAGGUAUUCUCCUAUGCAUGAAGAUCUUAAAUUACCGUUAACAUACCAAUCUAAAAAGAACCAAAUAACUUCAAGUUUAAACGAGCUGCUAAGUUGUUAUCAUAACAACAAAAUAGGCUUAUGGGGUGUCGUAAUCCUGUUUUUACGGCAAAGGAAGGGGAGGGUGGGUAGAUGUGGCUCUUUAGCUUCAAAACGAAAACGAGAAAAAAGCGGCAACAAUACUUGGCUGGAGACGAUAGGUCCGUCACCUCUAUACCGGAGCAAUUAAGGUGUAAAAGCCCAUAUGGUUAAAAUGGAAAAUUUUUGUCUGUGGAGAAGAAUGUCAAGCGAUGACAUAUCCAUGCCAAAGGGGAGAGUCCCACAGCCAAGUGAACACGAAAAGAAACUGGAUAUUCUUGAAAACCUGAUUUUUUAUAUUUUUUCUCUCUCAGGUUUUGGACGUGACUGCAGCUGUAGAUAAAAAACUCUUAGGGCUUCAAGUCAGCUGAUGGCGUUACUUCACUUUAUGGCUUUGCCUUGUGGUUUUCAUUACUGAUUUAGCAGUAGAUUAGAAUCGACCUUAAUUUGAAAUUAGUAUAACUAACUUUGAUCUCUUUUGUGCACGAGGCUAUUUGUAAUGUGCAGCUUGCUGUUCUCGGUACAGUUAGGGAAAUCGAGUCAUCAGUAUUGUUUUAAAAUCGUCUAGGUGCGGUGUUAUAUUCAAUUAUUAGAUUACUUAAUUAAAUCACAGGUUUUCUUCCAGAGACGUGAAUCAGUGGUGAGAGGUCAUCGUGAAUCAAACAUAUAGCUAUUCUAUGAAUACAAAUGCCAUCUUUUGGAUUACUAAAUUCUAUUUUGCUUGUGAAGUGCAUGUUUAUUCUUUAAAUAAAAAUCGUCAUAAAUGAACGUACAUGUGUUUCGAGCUCAGCUCGGCAGUAAAUGAUCGUUGAACAAAUCGGGACGGAAGAAUUUCUGAAUCUACGAACGAGCAAAUGCAUGAUCGUGGACCAAACAAGGAAAGAAUUUGUAUAGGUAAGUAUAAAUGGACAUUUAUAAAAUUUUUUCUAAGACAAAAAUAUACACGAACCCUUAGGCACGUGCAGUUUGUAACCUGUGAAAAAUUUACAAGUGCUUAUUACUCCAAACUGCAAGAGAAAUCACGAUUUUACUUUUUAACAAUGUACAUGAGAAAACAACAGAGAAAGUCAAGGCAGACGAAAUUUUGAAAGCGUGCGCGCGCUAUUUGUAAUUUCUACUCGUGUUAUAAUUUUGCACUUGCGUUAUAUGAGAAUGCAUUCGUUUUCAGCCAAUCAGAAGCGCGUAAUUUUUCUUAUGUACAUUAUUUAUUGAAUUAACAAACGAACGUAAGUUUGAAUGAACCUGCUAGUAGAUGACAAAAAGGAUAAUUGAAUGAAUGAAGAAAUGCGUUAAUGAACAAAUUAAAGGGAACUUUCUCCACGCCCCUUAGCGUUGCUCCAGGGAAUUUGCUGAUAGUAUCCUUUUAUUCAAACCCAAUGCUCUUAUGUUCGGAAAAUUAUAAAUUUUAUUAUCUUCUGUUACCCCAAAUCUAGUGCUAGUGGCCAAACCAAAGUUUAACAGCUUGCAUUAGAAAUUUCGUUUCCUGUUUUCAUUAUAACGCGACUUGCAAGCGAUCUAGAUACGUAUACGGUUAAAAGCUAGCAUUAAAACUCGUCGCCCGCAUUAUAAGUAUUUAUUUAGUCAUACCUACUUGACUAAACACAACGUUGGAAUGUGAUCGUCCACUCAGAGGAGAGCAGUUCUGAAAAAACCGUUGUCAGUUAUUGUCAGUUUCAGUGGCUGAAGCGUUAUGGCAACCUGAGUGGAAGUCAUCAUCAGCGUCACUUGACUCUGUCAAUGACUUCCACUAAAAUUCAUCGAAACGUUAGUUACUGUUACCAACAACUGCUUUAACCCUGACAAUCUCCUGUACAAUCCAAGGCUACUCCCCGGUACAAACCCGUCACUUUGGUUUUCUUAACUGUAUGACGAAAUGUUCAUUUAUACCGCCCCACGUGCAUUAUGGAAGAAAUGGACUCGAGCAAUAGAUCUAAAGUUUCUACUUACAAGCGAUAAUAAUGGAAAAGCUGGCGUGUUCACCAUCCGAUGCGAUAAUUGUUUUUUGUUUGAAAUGCCGAUGGACCUACGUAUCAGCACGGUAGGUUUUUAAAGUAACAAAGGGAUGUUUCCAGCCCAUUAAGCAGAAAGGUCACCAGUAAAAAGCCUUCCUAAAAUUUUCGUGAGCUGACAUCUUCAAACUUGUCAGUCUUUGGCAGGGAAAUCCAUUAGUGACAAAGUGAACGUUAGCCUACUCUCGAAAAAAAAUGAUAAAAAUCGCCCUGUUAUUCGUGUGCUUAGCCCUAACCGAGGGAAGAAAUAUCCAAAGAUUUGCUCGAGGUAAGUGUUGACACUUUGGUUGGUUACUACCAGUUUUAAAGUCAAAAUAAUUUGGAAUUGGCCUACAUAACAUGAUUUCAACGGGUAAGAUUCGGAAACCGCUUAAAGAAAAACAAGAAUUCAGACUAAACUUCGUAAGUUUGUUGAUCCAAAACGGAAAAGGAAUAAACACUAAAGUAAUGUGAUAUAAAAGAUUCUGGAUGAGGCCAAAACAUAAAGAUGACCAGAAAUCAUUAGGAAGGCCAACUUGCUUCGAUCUCGGAAAAAGUCAAAAAUCCAUAAUUAAAUAAUGUUUUCAUACUUGAAUCUGGAGUUGAUAAAACCGGUCCAAUCCGUCUGACAUGAGGUUCUUAUUUUAUUAAACAAAACUCAAAUUUUUUGACUGGCUUGUUCUACAGUAAAUAUGAAAAAUGUUGGACUUGGGAUCGCUUUUUUUAUGAAAAUUUGGAAAGAAGUUUAACAUACAAAAAAACGUGUAAGUCUUAUGAAAGCAGCAACUUUAUUCUUGUGAAACAGUUAGGCGAAGGUUAAUUUAAAAGUGUUUUCAAAAUUUAGCUUUUGAUAUGAGUGGAAAAUCUUCACAUGAAGAACAUUCUUCACCACAGUUUUUAUAUAGUAACUGAUCAUGCGUGUCGGAUUUGACAUAAGUACCAGUAGCUGGCUUUCAAUUCGUAGGCUUUGUUAAUAGCGUAGGGGGCAAAACAGCGGCAGAAUUCUGCUCUGUUUUUUUGUCAUCAUGAGAACCAAGUUACUCAGAAGAAACACAUUCUAUGACAGCAAACUAAAUACUCUUCCAUAGCCGAGGGUCUCAAUGGGGUUAAUCUGUAGUCGUAAAGCGUCCAAAAAAUUUUAGCCAUAAGGGGUAAAAAUUGAAAAAUGUUUUAAACCAUUAGUCGUAAAAAAAAUAAACCGUGGUGACCAUCAUGUAAUGAUAUUAGCCGUUAGACGUAAAUUGUCCAAAAUUUUGAUUAACCGUAAAAACCAUCACCUCAUUGAGACUCUCAUGGUCUCUUCGUCAAUAGUUAGGAUUUUGGUCCAACACGCAGCCUUGAAGAGCGCCUCAGUUAUUGGAUUUAUCAGUUCGUUACACCUAUUGACUAUAAAAACGAACAUUAUCAAAAAGGACAUUUCAGUUGUUUUAGCCACAAUUUUAGCGAACAACAAACUAAUUUCGAAGAGCGGGAAAAAGUAUGAAUUUGGAGAAUUGAAAAAUUGUUGCCAGAAACCAUUCAGAAACCAUUGAAAUACAUAGAGUAGUUCUUUUAGGUGGCUUUGCAAGUUUCAAUGGAUUUGAGCUUAGUCGAUUAUUAUAUGGGCCUCUUUGUUUGAUACUUUCCCCUUUUCAUUUGAAAAAAGAGGAAAGCGGCAACACCACAGCUACAGGCCUCAAGGAUGCAACAGGGAGUGCCGACGAUGCCCCGGAGGUUUCCGAGUUCCAGGCGGACUUAGUCGCUCCUGCUUCGGGACCUAAGCCCCUCGAGGCAAAGUAUACCAUCAGAGUCAAGCCAAAGUUAAAAGAUGGUGUCCCACAGAUCCAGGAAAUCCGCAUCAUGCCACCAAGAAGCAACUCCACCAAAGGAUAUGUUAAACCAAUGAUGGUUUUAAAGCAAAAUGUAACAAAACCCCUCAUUGAAAAUAUCGAGAUUGAUGUUCCUGAAAAGGGAGUCAAGUAUGCGUCAAAGCCAAGCGUGGAGGUCAUCGAAGGAAACCAUAAGGAGAGGAUGAGGGUUACCAAAGGAGAAGCAGUUGUGGAAAGUGCUGCUCAGAAGUCUGAGACGAAUUCUAAAGGUAUGAGCCUUCUAAAAAAUAACCGAGGGAUAAACCUGGAUUGACAAUUGUCUUUUUCUUUCACAGAUGAACAGGACAAACCCCAAGAUUGGGUAGCUUCCCAGAACACAACACAAACAUCCAAGAAAGUAUCAGAGCCGUCUGCCUCGCAGAAUUCGACAAGUCCUUCGACUUCUCAGGAUGCAUCAGAUAAAACGACCUCUCAAAAUGCUACAGACUCAGAAACUUCCAAAGAUGCACCUAAGCAGUUAAAUGCAAAAGAUGCAAUGGAGACCAAUGCUGCUAGUUCACCACAGACACCAGCUGCCCCUCCGAGCGCGCCUAGUGCCGAUCACACAGCUCCUCAAGACCAGGCCCCUGCUUUUGAUUCAAGCUCAUUCCAAAAGGAACCUCAGCAGCCCCCCUCUCAGGAUUCAACAGCCUCCACUCAGACUCCAGCUGCCCCUCAGAGCACGCCAGGGUUAUCCCAAAAUGCACCUCAGCAGUCGCCCUCCAAGGAUUCCGCGGCGUCCACCCAGACUCCAGCUGCUCCUCAAAAAACACCCAGCGCUGACCAGGCAGUUCCUCAAACCCAGUCACCAGCCCAGGAUGUACAAGCUGCUCCUGCGGCAUCAGCUUACUCGCAGCCAGCUCCAGUAGUCUCAGCCCCUCCAGCCCCCGCUCCGGCUGCCUAUUACAGCGGUAAUGAAAUUGCUGUGUACUGUUUGUACUCUCACAAUCUAAUGGUUCUUCUAAAGCAAGAUUCAAAACUCAUGAAAAAUUAAGAAUUUUUAAAUUUUAUUAAUAAUCACUCUCUUUCAAAUUCAACAGCACCUCAAACUUGCUCUGACCACAGCGUGUGUAGAAUUUAUCCUGAUGACCGCUGCAGGGAAACAUGGCUGCAGACCAACUGCAGGCUCAAGUGCAGACUCUGUUCGAAGUAAAACCGACCCAAGAUCCUAACUGUUAUCCAUUGAAAGAAAAACUUAAACAUAAAAUAGAAGUAAAAAGAAAAAGAAAAGGACUAUAAACUUUAAUUUUAGUCUCUUGUUUACCAGAGACUUUUUUUUUCUGUUGUGAAGCGAAUCUCAAAAUUUGUUCAAAGUUAAGUUUAAAGAGUUCUUCAGCCAGCUUCGUGCGUUGUAGCUUCACUUUUCAAUUUCAUUUUUGGCAAAUUAGACAUCCUUGUAGAUGAGGAGAAAGUUGAUUUGUGGAGCAUGCAACAUUCGCCGAUACAUUUUUCGAAAGGUUCAAUUUUUUUCAAAUUCUGCUUGCGAUGUCCUGCAUGUCAUAAAGGAUUAUUCAGCAGUUUCAGUGACAACACUUUCAUCACCAAAACCUCUGCAGUAUUGCCGUAACGGAUUAUCAAUUUUUGGUAUAAAACAAUUUUGUGUUAUGUUCCUACCAUGUUUUUGUUUCCACUUCGUUUGGGUUUCGGCAGUUUUUCACUUGUAGAGUUAUUGUAAGUUUACUUUGAAGUCUUUUAAAGACAUUUUUGCUAGAGCAAAAUUUGAGCAGAUCAUUUAAUGGCAAAUAGACGUGUAUCAUCAUGGGAUUCUGUAGUUUAUAGUUAUUCUAUUUACAUAAUUCCAUAGGUUCCCUGCAUAACCUGCUAAUUGUUGGUAAUACCUCUUAAAACAGAA